AUGGCUCCGAAACAAAAGAUUUCUCUUUCCAUGCCGCCGUCCUUCAACACCGCCGCCGCGCCGACCCCGGCGUCCCCGUCCUGGCGCGGGCCACAUACAGGCGUCCCUUUGUCCGUCGCGUCCGCCGCACCACCCCCCACCGAAAUAGUGCCCAAUGUCUUCAUAGCGGACCUUGGCGCAGCCGAGAACCCAAAGGUGCUCGUCCAGCUGGGCAUCACACACGUCCUCAGCGCGAUCCCCUUCGCGGAGCUCGCAGAGUACCUCCCCGCGUCGACCCACUUCCUCUCGGACGCACUCCGCGACCCGAAGGCGCGUGUCCUCGUGCACUGUGCCCAGGGCAUCAGCCGCAGCUCGAGCGUCGUGUGCGCGUACCUGAUAGCCAAAUACGGCUGGUCACCAGAACGGGCAGUGCGCUUCGUAAAAUCCAAGUACGCCCUCGCGGACCCCAACCCUGGCUUUGUCAUGCAGCUGGGCGAAUACGCUCGCUCGUUGGAAAGGCCCCGGUAG